AGUAGCAAAAAGAAAUUGAGAUGGCUGCCAACGCUUUGCGUCGUAAAUGCCACUACCGUCCUGCAGCGAGAACUCUGAGAAGUUCAGGAACGUGAAUUGAGGCGUGCUUGGACUUGCGACAGAUAUUUACUCCCACACUGUCUUCAAUGAAUGCUGAUGAGUAUUCUGCUUCUCCUCUGUAACGCUUCGCGGUUCAGAAGCGCCCCGUCCUGCUCUAGCAAUUGAAGCUCGAGCUGCACCUCAUCCUUACCCGGUGUGAGUAGCAGAGCAUCGUUGACGAGAACUCAUCCGGACUCGUCGUCGAGUUCUUCUAACGGUUCGCCGUCGCGGGUUUCAUCGAGUCUCUCUUGUGGCGUGAAUCCUAUUGAGUCGUUCUCGUCUUCUUCGGUCCAACCGAAUCCGGUUGAGCCGUCGUCGUCCACUACUAGCGGGCUCUUCUACAUGUUGUUGGCCGCCAUGCGAAGCAAAAAAAGGAAAGAGAGGUUCAAAGCGAAGUUUCAUAGGAGCCUUUCCUAUUUGAUGUCGCAGUCUGUCUGCGAAACAAUGGUACUGAAGAUGAACAGCAACAGCUGUUUUGAGUAUCUGCUUGUGAGUGCGUUGUUGUUUGUUAAAUAGUUUCGUCUUCUUCAUUGUAUUUCUCACCUCUUCUCAUUCCCUCUCUAAAUUCAAUUUAUCUGUUGUUUUCUUUUGAACUUUGAUUUUCCUGCAGCGUAACACAUGAAGAGAUGUGGCUAACCACAAAGCAAACCUCUUUUCAAGUCUACAGAUUUGUCAUUCAUUCGCUGCAAUUAACAACAUAUUCAGUGGUGUGCUGUUAAAGACGCUCUGCGUUUGUUGUUGUUGUUGUUCUUCGUUUUUGGAAAAAGCGUGUGCCUUUUUUAAUGGUCUAGAUCUGCCAACGAAGCUUAGUUCUCGCUGUGGAGAAGGUGAGGCGUCUCUCGGACACUAUUCAUGCAGCUGAGAUCGACAUCUGUAAGCCUUGUUGUAGUAGCGCGGUACUAUUCUGCGACAUGCAUUCCUGUUGCUUGUGCUGUGACAUAAAAACCAAAAGAGGAGAUCAAUGAUUUUUUGUCUUUCUAGUUUGCUGUGGCGUGGUCUUUACGUGACGCCAACAGAUGACACCGGCGUUGUGCCUUCGGAGAAACGCAUAUGUUGCCUGAUUGGACGGGAAAAAACAGAGUUUGUAUUUAAUCGAAGAUUUUGCGCACGAUGCAGUGUUGCGUUCACGCACAUGUGUGUUCUGGGCUUUUUUGUUUCCUCAUUUGAAAAUUGCGUGUACCGUCUUCCUAGGUAUUGCACGAGGCUCUCUGUGUUUGCUUGUUUGUUUCGAUACAUUUUUGUCUUUGAGCGUAUUCGCUUUCGUUUUUUUCUUCUUCCAACUUUUUUUUUGUCAUCAUCAUGCGUUGUUUUUGUUAGUGUUGUUUUCGACUCAAACAAUGCCAGUUCAGCCUGA